AUGUACGUAGAUGACGAUGAUAAUGCUGACGAUAUGUGGGGCGACCCCCACAUGAGAGGCCUCCGUGGUCAGAGAAUCAACUGGUCUGGGGUUGACGGCGGCUGGUACUCCCUGGUCAAGGACGACCAUGCUGAUCUCAGCAUCAACGUUCGCGUUACCGCUCCACUGCCGGACGAGUUCCCCGACCGCCAGCUCAUGACCAGCCUGGCUAUCAUGUCGGAGGGGUACUCUGUCGUCAUCGAGGUCGAAAACCCUUACACCAUCGUCACGGGCGGCUGUCCUGAGGGCGUCUCGCCCUGCCUUGCGAACGGAGGACUGCGUAUCAUCGUCGACGGUCAGGAGGUGGAUGAGCUUCUUCGAUUCUCCAGGCAGAUGCCGGUGGCAGACGGUACCAUGACUAUGUCUGCAUCCAACCUUCCGGUGGAGUGCCGGCAGUUCGGCGGUCACAGGAUAUGGGCCCGCAUGUACCAGGACAUCCUCGAGGACAGGCGCCAAUUGCGCGGUGGUGAAAGCCUCGAAGAAUGGAUCCUGAGGUACGACCAGAACAUGCCGGCACGCAGGUGGUGCGCCAAGUACAUCGCCGAGAACGACCUCGCCGACCUGCAAGCCAACCAUGCCAUCUUCAAAAUCCAGACGCCCACUGUCACGGUGCGUCUCAACGCUGGCGUCAACUACCAGGGCGACGGUGAACUAAACUGGGAUGGACGCGUCCUUCCUGACCUCGAGUUCUGGCAGAUGGACGUCGGGAUCGACGGGCUGGACGUGGACAACCCGGCGUUGUCCGGCCUCCUCGGUGAAACGGCCCGCCCGGUAUACGGCGAGAACGGAGAAGCGGUUAUGGAAGGGUCCGACGCUUUCCGUGGCACCGUUGAGGACUACCGCGUAUCCAGCGCUCUGGGCGUCCACUUCGCCCUUCUCGACGAGAAGGAGGAGGGUCAUGAGUAGAAAGAAAAGAUAAAAAAUUGUUACCCUAUACGGUGUCACCAGAGGGCGCGUCUGGAGCAUACGAUCUCGACCGAACAGCGAAUUCGCACGUCAAAAGACAUGUCUCAAACAUUCGCCGAGGUUGUUUUUCUAGUCGAGGAUGCGGUGGGAUUUUCUCUCUACAGUAGAAGAAGAGGUGCUGUGAGGCUGUGGAAUUUUUUGACGUACCCGCGCUAUCUCCUUAUUUCUACCUCGUCGGGUAUUCGUCAAGUCAAGAGAUGGGUGAGCUUAGCUCCCAGUUUCUUCAUGUUUAAAGCAGAGUGCGAAUAGUGGAAGACAUCACAUUUAUUUCCUUCCCGAGAGAGUUAGACCGAGACUGACUUUGUGAUGUGCUUUCGUUGAUACAUACUUCGAAUGUUGAUUUUGCAAUGCCUUCAUUUUUUAUUUUAUUUUCGGUUGAGUUCGUUUAUAUCUCGAUAUUCUUGACAACAGAUGAUCAAUCGCGUUUUCCGGCGGUGAUAUGAAUUUGAUGAUAUUUUUUUUUGCAGAGCGGCCCGGUAGGGAGGGGUGCUUUGUGUUUUGCAAAAAAAAACUAGGACUUGCGCAC